UUUCAAUAUCCAACCUUGACGGAUAUUUGAAAUUUUGGAGAAUGAGUCUUUGGGUUGACAAGUAUACUCCUGCUUCAUUGGGGAAGUUAGAUUACCACAAAAAACAAGCUAAAAAUUUGAAAAAAUUAGUUGAUAGCAGCAACUUUCCCCACUUGCUAGUGUAUGGACCUUCUGGUGCAGGGAAACGAACUAGAAUCAUGUGUAUUCUUCGUGAGCUGUACGGAUCAGGUGUUGAUCGACUAAGAAUGGAACACCAUACUUUCACAACCCCUUCAAACAAGAAAGUCAACUUAUCCACAGUUUCGAGUAACUUUCAUUUGGAAGUAAAUCCUAGUGAUGUUGGGAUUUACGACCGAAUUGUCAUUCAAGAGUUGAUCAAAAGCAUGGCAUCAACAGCACAGCUUGACAGUGGGCAACAGAAAGAUUUCAAAGUAGUAGUUCUGCAUGAAGCAGACCAUUUAACACGUGAUGCACAACAUGCUUUACGUAGAACUAUGGAAAAGUACAUAUCCACUUGCCGUCUUAUAUUGUCAGCGGAAUCUACUAGUAAGAUCAUUUCCGCUACUCGUUCAAGAUGUCUACCAAUAAGAGUUUCUGCCCCAUCUAUCGAUGAAAUUGUUGAAAUAUUGAGAAAUACAGCCCGCCGAGAAGGUCAUUCAAUGCCGGUUGAACUAGCUAAACGUAUCGCGUUAGCAUCCGAACGGAACCUACGUAGAGCUCUUUUAUAUGCUGAGGUAGCUAAGUGGCAGCAUUGCCCCAUGCUGCCAGACCAGAGUGUGCAGUUACCUGACUGGCAAGUCUUUCUUACCGAGACAGCAUCAGCCAUUUUGGCGGAACAAAGUCCGAAAAAAAUAUUAGAAGUCCGCAAUCGUCUUUAUGAAUUGUUAUGUCACUGUAUUCCGCCCAACAUUAUAAUGAGAGUAAGUUUUUAUUAAGAUAAAAUAAUUUAUUCUUGAAUUUUUUUAUGAAAUGAAACUUGCUUAUGAUCCAAAUAUUUAAAAGUUUACCAAAACUAAAUAUGACUUAUUUUUGAAAGGGUUCUGGGACAAAUCUUAAAAUGCAAACAUGACAAUUUGAUCCUACUAUAUCCACUAUUGAGAAAAAAAUGAAGUCAACGUCAAACUGGACAUAACAUCAGCUUAUUUAAGAUUAUCUGUAUGGAAACUUUCAACUACUGAUGUGUUUAUGAGAAUAGAUAUUAUUGUGGAUCUAUUGGAGUCGGGAAAUACCACAACGCUAAAUUACCAGUAGCAUUAGUGGCUACUGACAUUUAUUUAAGUAGUAAAUUUUCAAAAGUAAACUUUAUAUGUUGUUUUUGUCAAAAUGAAUUUAUACUGUUUGGGACUUUAUUGUCCAGUGUGAAGUGUUGUUUGAAGGGUGUUAUUUUAAAACAUCGUCAUAAUUAGAUAUGACGGAACUGACUAAAGAUUAUAUAUACAGAGUUUAUGGACUUGAGUAGUGGCAUUAUAAAGUAGUAAAUCUGUUAAUGGAGUAUCAUUAACAAUAGAGCCAUUAUAUGUUCACUAUCUAUGUAAAGAGUAAACUUAACCAGAACUUUUACAUCACUCGAAUUAUAAGAGUUUUCAGUUACUGAUUUUCACUGUUGCACAAGCUUCUAUAUAAAAUAUCUAUUGUUCUGUUCACAAAUAACUUCAAUAAUUAAAACCUUUAUGAAUUUGUUUUAUAUAACGGUCUGAUUAUUUUCUGUUCUAAUAAUGUCUUAUCAAUGAAGUAAAAGUUUACAAUCUACCUUUUCAAAUCACAUUGCUUAUGUGAGCUGUAUUGACAAUAUUUAGUUUCAUAAACGGGAGUGAACUGGGUUUCGAACCUACGAUCACUUAUUUGUUGAAAUCUGAGCAUUUUAAACAAACCACCGCUACAAAAUUAAUUUUUGUAUUUUCAUACAAUAUUUCCUUACAAUCACAUAUACGUUGUUUACUCAUUUGACAUGACAAAAAUGAGCAAUUUUUUUCCGGCAUAACUGUUCUCAGUUUUGAUUACUGAAAUGUUUCAUCCAAUUAAAGUCAGUAUUUUUAGACAUUUUUAUCAAACAGUUGAAGUUUUCUGAUAUUUUAUCUGAGACUUAAACCUAAACUCCUCUAUCUUUUUAGCUAAACUUCGAUAAAUUUCAUAUGAGAUUAACAUUCAUGUUGCACAUGUACAUACUCAAUAUACCAAAGGUUAUACGUGAAUGGAGCUAUUCGUCUCAGUUUAUUAUUUUGACAAACUUUUAUUAUACUUCAUUUCUGUAGUCGUUUGUUUAACCGUGCAAUGAGCUGUUGAUAACACUUUUUACAUGAAAUCAACUAUGCUAAAAAAAAAUACGUUUUGAGAUAGACACAGUAAUUAUGGACCCGGAGUUGAUUGAUUGAUUUGAAUGGUCAAAAUUGUUAUCCAUUAAUUGAUUUUCUUAGAGAUAUUUUCGUACGAAUUGCUUAUUUAAGCUAUUUUGUUAAAUAAGUGGGUUAUUUCAUUGUAUUAUAUUCAUAUUUCAAUUCAUGUGUGUAUCGGUGAGUAAUAAGUAUAUUUUUCAGGCCUCUACUAUUGAUGUUAGUGCAACUUCCUUGACUAUGAGAAAGUGUUUGACAGCGUGGAUAGAAGAACCUUAUGGAACCUUCGACACUCUGGUAUAUCUCAGAACAUUGUCAACAUCAUACGGAAUUCUUAUGAUGGACCACACUGCAAGUUCUUGAAUGUAAGGCAGCAAUACAGAUACAUUCCAAGUGUCACAUAGGUCUGAUUACUCUCAUCCUUUCUCUUUAAUAAAGUGGUUAACUAGAUUAUAAAGACCUCCACAUCUCAAGAGAAGCAUGGAAUACAAUGGACAGCGUGGUUGAGGCUACACGAUAUUGACUUCGCAGAUGAC